UCUGCUGCGAAUUUGCAAGAGAGCCAACUCGGUUGUAAUUUUGAUACCUAUGUACAUAAAUAAUAAAUACGUACUUUUCUAAAUUACAUACAGUACAAUCGAAUAAUGUAUAGUAAUUUAGUCAUGGAAAUUUUAUAAUCACGUUAAAAAAGGAGAUCUGAAUGAAACCUGCAGUUUAAAAUUAAUUGGUUUUUUCACUGAAGAUAAAAACAUAAUAAAUAAUCAAAAUGGGUCGAAGAUCGAUAAACACAACAAAAAGUGGGAAGUACAUGAACCCCACAGACCAAGCAAGAAAAGAAGCUCGGAAGAAAGAAUUGAAGAAAAAUAAAAAACAGAGACAGUUGGUACGAGCAGCAGUUUUAAAAGGAAAGGAUCCUAGUCAAAUAAUAGAAGAAAUGGAAAAGAUUGAUCAAAUGGAAUAUAAUGUCAUGCAACCUCCACCAUUGAAUGAGAAGGUAUUAAAAGACAAAAGAAAAAAAUUAAAAGAAACACUUGACAGGGUGUUAAAAAUGUAUGCUAAGGAUGAUCAAGAAAAGUGGGUGGAACUCAAAGAACAGAUGAUACAGUACGAAAGGAGGAGGAUAGAACUGGUUUCUUACUUUGAGGCUGUAAGACACGCUCAACAAGUACAGAUUGAUGAAAUUCCUUUGCCUGCUACAGGAAACGACAUCAAUAGGAUUUAUCCAGGCUCCUUGACAUCUCAAAUUCCACUACCAGAUAUGCCACAACCACCUCUACAUUCGUAUCCAGUACAGUCACAUUACCUUCCACAACAUCAUCCACUAGUAAACAUUCCUGUGCCACCAAGUAUAUUAAAGAAAACUAGUUUAUAUUCAUCAAUGGCCACGUCCAAUACAUUGCCAACCAACAGAGAGCCCCCAGGUGUACCGCCUUUUCCACCUCCAGAUUUGGGCCCUAGUGAUGACGAAGAUGACGAUAGGGUAAAAACAACUCACAAAUCAAAGACAAUUCGUUUCGCGGACGAUGAUAAAACUGAUGACGAUAAGAGGGACGAACACGAGAGUAGCAAUAAAGAUUUGGAGAAAAAUAAGGAGAAAGAAUUGGCAAAAAAUAAGCCAACCAGCUUGCAGCAAAAAAUGUUGGCCAUGGCUGGUCAAGAUAUCGAUCAGUUUAUGAAGGAAAUGGAAGUGGUACACAAGAAACGCGAGUCCGAACGUGCUCAAGACUUGAGCGCUCGUCUAUCCUUGCUGGAAAACGAUUCCGCAAACGGAGAACAGGAUAAUCCAACCGAGCAACCGACUAAUGAAAUGCCAAAUGUUAACAUUAUGCCGCCGAACGCUCCAACUGUGCAACCACCUAUGCCCCUAAUGGGACUACCACCGCCGCCUCCACUGAUGUACCGACCACCUCCUCCCCCGUUACAUAUGAGAAUUCCGCCACCACCACCACCUCGUAUGGGAAUAAGACUUCCCCCUGGACCACCACCAGGUAUGCCGAGGAUGAUGCGGCCGGGAGCUCCAAUGCCGAUGCCCAGAAUGAUGGGUCCACAAAUGCAAAUGCCAGGCUUACCUCCACCGCCUCCUAUGCCCUCGAAUAUGAUGGCAAAUGCCCAAAAGACGCCCAAUGUACUUUCGGCGGCUCCACAGCUGAUAAACGCCCGGAAGAACAAAGAUGCAGCCGGCAAAAGUUCUACAACGAUCGAAGCCAAACCGCAAAUCAGAAAUCUGGCGGCCGAUGUCACGAGAUUUUUGCCAACAUCGUUGCGCGUCAAAAGGGGCGAUGAAAAGAAGAAACCUUCGGCCACUCCUUCCGCCUUGCCUACACGGAUGCCCGAGCGGAUACCUUCUGUUUCGGCUGUUUCUGCCGCGGUGACGGCGGCAGCGAUGGCUGCAGCUGCGGCCGCUGCUGCAGAAAAUCAAAAUGCGGCUAAGGCCGUGCCGCAAGUUAAAACGAAGGACGAUGCUUAUUUGCAAUUUAUGCAAGAAAUGCAGGGCUUAUUGUAAAUUUCUUCGCAAAUUAAUUUAAACAAUGAAGUGCUCAAUCAUACAUGCUUGGGUGCGACAACCUGUUGAAUGUUGAUUUUGCAUUCUGUUCCGUAUAAUUAUUGUAAAGUACAGUAAAAUUCACGAAUUUACGACUAAAUUGAGUAUUUGGACCAAGCUUUCAAUUCUACCUUAUCCUUUUUGGUUGAAACACGAAAAUCACACAUAAAGAUAAUUCAAGGAA